GUGAAUCUUUGGCGCUUUCAAAAAAGCGGUUGCACUUGAAAUGGAAGUGGUUGCGUCUCCUGCUUCUUUAGUCCGCUGCACCCGACCUUAUACAUAAAAGUUGUCUUGUCUAUCUUGGAAACUACGCUGCUGUGUUGAGAACAAGCGCUCGUGUCAAAGUGUCGGCGUGUUUCUCAGAAACAAUAAGUAACGGCAGGGCUUUGCUUCCAGCCAGAUUUCGCUGCAAGUGCAAGCGCGGUUGGGAAAGAAGGCAACGCGGUCCAGGAAGUAAUACUGUGUGGGCUACUUACUAUUCAUUGAACCAAGGUCAUCAUGGACCUUUCUACCGAGAAGACCGGCAGUGCGUCGAGUGCUGUCGAGGCACCAGAAUCAGUCGACAAUCGCGACGGCGCGAGUUGUGUGUCAACUGGAAGUAGAAACACAACGGAACUUGUGAAAGGGAACAAUGGAGUGGUAGACCAAGGUGCCAGUACUUCUAUUGCUUCCAGUGCAGCCGGUGAGGCGAAGAGCAAUGGGGAUAAUUUUUCCCGAGGGUCGGAGGCGAGCAAUGCCCGCAACAGCAGGUCGUCCAGCAGCAGGGAAAAAGCGAGAAGAACAAAGGAAACAAGCGAGGAAAUUACGAGCUACAAAUUGGGGCUUUUACCCCGGCGGCCGCUCGCGCCACUUCUGGAGCUGAAUGAAGAGCAGGUAUAAUACGAACGCGCGGUUUAUUCUCUAUUCUUUAGUUUAACACGUGCAGCCUCAUGUUCUUGCAUAGUUGUACGUAGCACAGGUCAAUGCCUGUCUGCAACUCGACACAAGAACAGGAAAAGUACGGCUCAUAAAUUCAUAGCGUUCUAGUAUGGCCGCGAUUUGCGCUUCUGAGUGUGGGUAUUUGUGUUGGUUUACUUCUUCUAUCGCGUCGAACCAAAAAAUCUGCAGUCUGAGUCCUCGCUGGCUGGCAACACCAGUAUCUGCGAGUCUCGGAUCGCGGGGAGCACUCGACUCACGGUGAAACUGGAAGAUAUCGCCGACCUAGAGGACUUACAGAAUACGGAAGAAGCGGGCUGCACAGACCCCGACGAAGGUAAGGACAUAGAGAAGGACCGGCGAAAGAUUUUAGACACGAUGAUCACGGCAAGUGAGCAGGGCGGACCGGGGGCUCCUCCGGGGAGUGCGGUCGUUGAUAUGGUAUAGAUGACCUACAUAAUGUUGUCCUUGGGUAUUCUGAUAUAAAAGUUUAUAGUCAUCGAUUCAUAGUACUUCUCUUAGUGGAGAGCUGUCUGGGUUGUACCACUAGAUUUGCUGUGCAUCGAAAAAGUAGAAAUUGCACUUCUUUUUCUCAUUUAUUGUUUACCUGAAAAUCGAAAUUUUUAUAUUAGGAAAAGGAAAUGGCAGAGCUGAGCUCCGCCUGCCUCCGGGCCAAGAUGCAGGAUAUCGAGUCCGGUGUGGUGCGCGACGUUCCCAUGAGCAUGUGCAAUUCGGUGCACAGCAAAGCACCGUAUUUGAAUGAGGAAGAAUUUAUCAAUACCGUAGAACUACCGGACCACGUCGAGAACAAGAAUGCUGGCGAUCAAAGUGCAUCAUCUUCAAGGGGUUUCUCGAAAGAGAUGAGUGACCACUGUGCGGCUCAACCAGCUACAAACCAGCAGAACCUGAGCGGCUUUAGUUUCGUCGACGCCACUCCCCCGCACCACAGCUCAAUGUCCACCUCUGGGGCGAAACUAAAUCUUCCAGUUACAACGACAGCGGGAGGAUCAACAUUGAACCAAUCGACAAGCAACCAAACAAGGAAUAACAAAGCCAUUUCCGGUUCUGCCCAUCGCCUCUCCUCAUCCGCCAGCUUCAAAGCGAAAAGCGGCCCGCUGAGCCAAUCCAUCGGGCGGCACGAGAAGGAGAAUAACAAUCUGACAGCUCUGCUGCAGCAGCGUAAUGGAGCUGCUGCAGGUGUGCAACACAAUAACAAUGGCGUUUCUAGCGGUUGUUCGAGUAGGUAUAGCACGGAUGGUAACUACUACGCGGAAGAAGAGAAAGGAGAAGCAGUAGACAAUGCGGGACAACUAGAAAAUAAACAAACAGCCAUAAUCUCCAGCAAGAUGAAUCAGGAGCAGCAGCAGCAGGAGCAGCAACAGCUUCGCCUGUUCGCGAUAGAGCAGCAGCCGGUUCUUGUUGCAUCGUCGUCCUCUUCAAACACUGCCAGUAAUUCCCGCGAGGUAAUAAAUCUGGACAACAAUCAGGGCAACGACCCAUCGAAAAAUCCGCUGCUCCUUGCACAGCGAAGCAACACUGGGGACGAGAAUACGUCAACUGACGGUCGUAUGGGUAGUUGCAAUGGAAGUUGCAAUCUUCAUGAAGGAGGUCCUGCUCCGGGUCAACAACUUGAGCAAUCCGGGCAGCAGCUGUUGAUGCUAUCCUCCCUGAAUCUGAGCAACGCCGCGCAGAAGGAGCCCAGUUCCUGUUCCAACAACGGCUCGGAUUGCGACGUCGGGAGCGGAUCGGCUAUUCUGUGUAAAAACGUCCCCACCCCAUAGUUGUAAUGCAAAUCUGCAUGCUGAAGAUAUUUCUCAUGCGGAGUCUCAUGGGAAGCAUUUUUUAGUCGUGUUGUGGAAUUUGUUAUGCUCGAGUCAGCAUAUAUAUGCUAGGCCUGUUAUGCGACUGGGCUAGCGAAACAGGAUUACACUACGAGGCAAAGCUUGUCAUGCGCAACAGCCAAAGCUUGUUGGUUUAUGUAGCAGAUUUCCAAUCUUGACUCCGGGGUGGAGGCGUUUUUACUCAGGAUAUCCACCCUCUCCUCCUUACUCCCCGGCCGGCUGUUUAUGCGGGACGACGAGUCCUCUGACACGCCGGCGAAUUCCGUCACCACCGAGCAGUUGGCCGCGCCGCUCGAAAUCAACGACGAGGAGGAGGACGGGUGCAACCAAAUUAACAACAGUUCCAGUUGCAACGACAACUAUUCUGCGGACGACGAUUAUCCCUGGAAAAAAGUCAGUGUUACAGUUACACAUUUGUAGUCAAAUCAGCAACACAAAUCUCUCUGCAUGAGAAACUUGUAAUGCAGAAAUCCUACGGGAAAACACCUAUGAAACGAUGCUUCUAUGCGUAUCCGGCAUGACAGAGCUGGUCUGUUUUGCUUGGCCUGCAACCCAAUGUGUAACAAUAACACUUUCUUCUCUGGAUAACGAUCUCGAGAGAUUGGAAACCCAGACCCGCCGGGCGGAGAUAGACAGUUCUUCGGAGCAGGAGCAGGACGCCAUGACGGACAAUCAGGAACCCUGUACUAUCAAAUGCAAAUAGGUCUGGGUCUGGAAGGUUGGAACUUGUGUGUGAUGCUAACUUUGGACUCUAAAAAAAUCUGUAUUGCAUGACCAGCAGAGGGAGUGUAAUUUUUGCUACGGGAAGAGGGCAUUUGUCAUGCGGAAUAGGCAUCAAAAAGCCCUCAAAAAAUCUCUGAUGCUAGGGCAUGCAUCACAGACAUCAUGGCUCAUGCAAAACUUGCAUGACAAGUCUCAGAAUCUUCCAGACCCAGACAUAUUUGGAGUUGAUAUGUACCGGCAUCGGCCAAGUGUUCGCCCGCAGCUGCGAAUCCGUGCCCGCGCCGACGGCAAAUACGGUGGAGGAGGGGCUGCGGCUAUCGGAAGUGGACCGGAGUCGCGUUUCGGGCGGAGAGUAUCAUCAUGGCACGGGGUUGGUGAAAACAAGUGGAUUCGGUGGAACGUUAACCUCCAGCGGCCAGAGCGGGAAACUGCGUAAAUUGGGGUCGAGAGGCAGCAAUAACAACGACGGGUCGGUCGUCGAUCACCAGCGAAUCUCUGGGGAGUUUCCGCACGGGCUGCUAUCCUCCUCUGUGCUGGUGCCCGGGGGCGCAAUAAAUAACGCUGGCGGUAGUUACAACCAUUUGAGUGCUGGAGCAGUUCCUGGUGGAGAACACCACAGUGUGUUGGGCAGUAACCUUCAACAUAAUUCCUCCAACGCAUUUAUUCAAGAGCACGGGGCCGGCGGUGGGGGCCGGCCCUCCGGUCCGCGGGCCGGCCACUGGCCGGUAUUGCUGUCUUCAUCGGAAGAAUCGGAAAACAACCAGCUACAAGCGUACGGGGACUUCAUGCUGACUGCGGAGCAGCAACGGGCGUAUUUACAUCGUCAACAACGACUGGCGGCCGAACACGAGAAACUGCAGGAAAAGAAGGAGGAGCUGGAAAGACGGGAAGAGGCACUGGCGGAACGCGAGCGAGUCGUCGUGCGAAAAGAACAAGAAUUCAAAAUCAGUGGCGACCCCUCCGCGUCUAUCCUGAGUAAAAACGUACCCACACCAGAGUCAGGAUGGGGAUUUUGCAACACAAACCUAGGAGUUUUGUGACUCACGCGUGACAAGUUGCACUCUGCAGUGUAGUGCAGGUUAGCAAGUGCAGCCGCAUCACAGAUUCGUCUGCUCAUCCUGUUCACAGCGUCACAAAUUCCAAAACACGAUUGGAAAUGGCUCUCAUGGGGAUGCGCAUUACAAGUCUUCCUGUCUUUGCAAAUCUACAUUUGUUAGCGGCCGGGAGAUGAUGGUGAUGGCACUUCUGUGUCCGCCUGACCUACCCCCCCUGCGUGUCAAGCCAUCUGCGGCCUGGGGCAGAGGGGGGGGCAAAGUGUGCUGCAAUUCCUUUAGCAUUACAACUCUGGUGUGGGGACGUUUUUACUCAGGAUAGCGUCCUCCACCCCCUCAGCUUCGCGGGACGACGACUACAAAAACUACGGAAGCAAGAAAAGUGAAGACUUUUCCGCCGUGACCGCCUGCUGCGUCUCGUUUCUUGCGUCUUUGCAAAGACAGACCGGCAUUUCGGAGCAGACGCUGGACUUCAAAAAAGUGGCAAAGCAACUGUGCUUCCACCCAGACACGCUGUGAAGUAUGGAAUAGGAAAUAAAUAUUGAAUUGUAUCUGUCCAAUUAUCGAAGACAGUCUCGCUCGUCUUGCAUCGUAAUUUCAUGAUCCUGCGAAACAGUAAAUCACUUUUCCGAUGAACAUUGAAAUUAAUUCCGACCACACUGGAGGCAUUUUUUGAGCCGUGAGUAAAAAAGAUGAAUGCAAUUGUAUCAUGUGUACUGAGUAUUUCUUCGUAUGAUUACAACUGUCUUUGGCUUGUAGAUGAAGUUACUAUAAGAAAUGCCGAAGAAGUUUUAUUUCUGAGGUGUUUAGUUAAGAACCUUGCCAGCCGAACUGAAAGAUUUUUCUAGUGACGCCCCGGUUCGCGGCCGCGUGUCUCGUGCUGUCGUGUAAACAUAGCUAUGAAAGACGAGCCUCAACCUGCGAGUCGUAUUAUCAAUCAGAAGUGCCCGCUCGCCCAUCGGAAUCGGUAUCAGUAACUGCUUCAAGAACAUCAGAAAUCAGAAUUUCGUCCAUAUCUCUUUGUGUAAAGCGAUAAUAUUAAUGAUAGAGAAAAGAACAGAUUUACUUGCGAAUAAAAAAUAAGAAGUGCAUCGAAAUACCUUUCCGAAAAAAUCUUCAACCAGCCAAGACAGAAUUCUUGUGUGUCCAUGCGGUGCAAGAGUACCAGAAUUUUUGGGCUAGUCUAGAGUCGUCAUUACCGC